AUGUUCGAAGAUUCAUUGAUCCCGCAAUCUCGGCGAAAAACUGGUCGCCGCAAAGCUCGGCUCCUCCGAAUAAUCGAGGAGGAUGUUUUUGAAAAGGUAGCUCUGGCAGUCGAGAAAACAGGACAAUGGGAUUUUUCUAGAGCCGACCGUGCCGAUGUGCUACGGCGGGUUCGGAUCAUGUACCGUGCGCGGACAUAUCCGCAGGCGACAUUUGAAGAUUGGCAUUCAGUGUCUGAGGAUGAGACGGGAGAUGACGAGGAUGAGCGUGCACUGGCGUUUCGAGACCAGCUGGCAUUGGGCGAAACCGCGGCGGAUUUCGAUGCGUUCGUCAUUCAAAAAAUUGUGCAUGAUUUAAAACAGGACGGGUUCUCUGGGUCUCAUGGCUCCCAAGAAAAGCCCGGGGCAGGCCCCACAAAGGAAGCGGUGGAUCCGCACGAUAACUUGCUGGACCGCAUAUCCUCAAAUACCGAAGCUUCAGAAAGUGAUUCGUCAAGCUCUGUAUCUUCUGAUAGUGACUCUGAAACUGACACCUCAGACAGUGGCCAAUCUGAUCGCGAGAUAUCAGAUCAAGAUCUUGCGCAUCAUGAUAGCAAAGCAAGACACUCCUUGAAGAAAAGGCCAGUCUCAUCAUCGGAUGACCAUUCGACUGACUCCACUGACGAAGAAGACGACUCAAUGAAACCCGACCUGGUGUUUGCGAGGAAGAAGCUCAAACAAUGGGCAAACGAAGAAGAUACCGAACGCUCGUGGCUCAGAGACCAAUACUCUCUUCAUAAGUCCGGCUACGAGUUAUACGACGAUUUGGAAGUUACUGCCCAUGACUCUGCCCGGCGACAGCAUGCCUUGUCUCUUAAGACAAUUUUGCACUUGAAAAUCUUAGAGAAGGAUUGGCACACGGCUUUCAAAACCUUUUCACUUCUUUCCAAGUUAUCCUUUGUUGAUUUGCGGUCUCUUUGGCCUCUAGGCAUUGAGAUUCUUUCGCAACUUCGAGACGAAUCCCGCACCAACAAGCAGACGAGUGACAGCCGUGGGCGCCAGGAGCAAAUGAAAAUCCAGCAGUUUUAUGACUGGAUGACUUUGGCAUUUCCAAUGUACGGGAAACCAUUGGUGUCCUUUUUCCUGACCCAGGGGCCUGUGUUUCGCACGGGGUCCAAGACUUACACUCCUAUAUACCGAGUCGCCGGAUUAUGGAACCUUUUAUCCGAGAAACAAUAUUCGUCCCUUCGAGACAAGCUAAAUGAAAUCAUGCUCGUUCCGCCGUACACAGAGGAUGGUGUAUUCUGCUACAUGCUUCUUCUCUGCUGCCUCUCUGAAAAUGCAGACCUCCUAUCUGUUUUUGAAGAUUUCGAUAAAAAGCUCGAUGAAAUUCUAGACGGUGCUUCCGUCAUUGGCGAUUUGGCAAGCGAUAUGUCUUUGUUGGCUAGUAAAGAAUCGAUAAAGACUCGUGUAUUCCGCAACAUCGCUGAGGCUUCAAACUUGAUGGAGAAAUGUGACUCGCAUAACUUUAACUAUCCCAGAUGCUUGGUCGAAAAAGUGAUCGAAAGAACCCGAGCUGUGCUAAGUGGUCUGAUAGCAAACUUGGUAGAGGAUGAUAAUGUUUCUGUCACACAAAUAUCUCUUGGUUAUACUCUUCAUAACGGAAAAGUGGAAUUAACAAAGGCAAAUGAUACAGUCUUGCCAAGAAAGUAUUGGGAUAGAAUUAUCAUUGAAGACAAUCAAAGCGGUGCAAAGCACUGGGUUGGAAACUUUUUUCAUCUCUUCAAACCCAACAAGGUUGUUUGUUUAGUAUGUGGACAACUCCAAGAGCUGCGGCGACGUGCCAACUUGAAGGACCAUCUAAGCACUCACAAUAUCACACUCAAAAACCAGGCGGAGGAAAAAGCUGUCUUGGAAGAUAGAGAUAUGACUGAAAUGGUGAGACUCCAAGAGCAACAGAGAACAGAGCCCGCCAAAGUGGUUAAGAAAAAGCCAGUUCACAAAAAGAAAGUUUCGCUUCCCACAACGUUUUCAAACCCUGUGAAUUCCAAUGAACGGUCUCUGCCUUCGAAUACAAUACCUAUGACGAAAGACAUACUUUUGCCUGUUAAGGACGAUUCGCGGAUCCAUACUCAAAGUGCAGAAACUUUGGCUUUUGACUGGAACGCCGGGAAUUCUCUCACGACAAAUACCCGUAUCAUAGAUAAUCUCAAGUCUUUCAAGCCUGAGCAAUCGGAAAACCCAAUCAUAGCGAAAACGGCAGAAACUGCAAUACAUCAAUCAGAUUCUUACGAAGGACACAUAAUGAAACAUCAAGAGGAUUCGCAAGUUUGGAGAGACGCUAGCAAUGACAGAAACACGAAGUCAUCGACAGCAGACUCGUCUGGGUGCGAUACAAGUGGCGAAUAUCUAGUUAAUCGUAUCGACGAUUCUCUAGAUGGUCAAAUUAUUGCCAAAAAAAGAAACACUGGUGCUUCUUUUGAUGGAUUUAGUCCUGAUACAACUCAGGAGAACCAAACUUUCACCCAAGACUUAAGCCGGGAUAUCAGCCGAGACUUUCAUCAAUUCGCAACCCAAACUCAGGAAUCACAGAGGAAUUCAGAACUGCCCAGCUCACGUAAACGCAACUACAAGGAGAACGAUCAAAACGAAUGGCCAGGAGAGUUUUCCAUGGAUCUGUAUCAAGCAGACAGCUCUAUCAAUUUCACCAGAAUAAUUUCAGAAUCGUUCCUAGGAAAUGAAGGAAAGUUGAAUGACCACAAAGAUGAGCAGGUAUUGCUUGUCAACGAAACAGUUUUGGAUGCAAUCAACCGCGAUGCAGAGCUUCGUAUUGAGAGCGAUUCCCCUUGA